UCCUCCCAGUAAGCCUGAGGCUGACCUCUGCUGAUCCUCUUCCUGACCACCUGUUGCAUCUUAGAGAGAAGCUGGAUCAGUUUAGACGCUAACAUGAAGCCGUCUCAGGUGGAGCUUUGCAACAAGAAUGAGCAGAAGCUGUUGCUCAGAUGACAGGAGGAAGCGUCCACAGGGAGCGCCGACCUCUGCCCCCGUUUUAGCCUUUGGGAGGUAAACCGUCUCAGGCGGAGCAGGAUGUCCAUCAGGACUCUGCCUCUGGUCUUUAUUAAUCUGGGAGGGGAAAUGCUUUACGUCCUGGACCAGCGCCUGCAGGCCAACAACACGUCUGAGGACAGGUCAGAGAAAGGAGUUUGGUCAGAAGGAGACAGAAGGAGAGGUAUGAGAGGAUCGUUCUGUAGGACUGUUCUGAACGACAUCGUUGGGACCAUGUUCAGUAAGUCCUUCAUGGAUGAACUCCUGAAACCUCAGCAGCUGUAUUCACACCGGACGAUGAAAACGGUGCUGACCCGGUUAGCGCACGCAUCCAUCAUGAGGCUGAACCCGGCCAGCAUGGACAGGCUUUAUGAGCUGAUGAUCAUGGCCUUCAAAUAUCAGCUCUUCCUUUGUCCUCGGCCCAGAGACCUUCUGCUCAUCUCCUACAAUCACAUCGACUCCAUCAGAGAGAUGGUCAGAGACACUCCUGUGGUCCUGAACCAGGUGAACGAGACCCACAGGAAAAUCAUUGAGGUUUACUCCGGCUUAUCAGAAGGAGAACUCCAGCUCCUCAGACAAACUCUGCUCAUAUUUGUCCAAGAGAUGCACGUACGGGUUUCCCUUUUCCUGAAGAAUCAGAUCCAGAAUCCCAGCGGCCGUUUUGUCCUGACCACCUCGGGUCCGGUGCCGUUUGGAGUCGAUGUUCCAGGACUUAUCAGGAAGUUUGACCUCCGAGGCAGAGAGGUGAGUCAGAAGGAGUUUCCGCCUGGAGGGAGCUACAGCAGUCCGGUUGGACCGGGGUCGUUUGACCUGAACGGAGACAGAGUCCUCAGACUGGGCAGGAACCUGUACAGGGCGCAGCAUCCAGAGGAGACGCAGACAUCAAAGACACCUGAUGUCCAGCCGGAGAGCACCCCCAACUCGCUGGCCAAAGAAGAGCUCAACCUGCUGGCCCGGCUCAUGGGCAGCAUGAAGGCCGAGAACCUUCCCUCAGAGGAGCCCUGCUUCCGGAUCAACCUGUUCCCCGCGGACCAGGAGGAGGAGGCAGCUUCAGGCAGAGAGCAGGAGUCCAUGGUUCCAGUCGUCACCAUCCAGGCUGUGCAGGACGGACCCACUGCUUCGGUUCUGGCUCAGAUCGUUGGACAGUUUACAGAUGAAGAGGCGGAGCUGGAAAAGUCCAGCAGCAGUAAAGGAGACGACCUUCUGGCCAUGAUGGAUGACCUCUGACCUCAGAUGGCUUCAUUGCACCCAUCCCAUCUGUGCAGCCUUAUUUCCUCAGCAAUACAUCUAAAACAUGGAAAUUAAAAAAAUUAAAUCCA